GUCCCCAGUGCAACGCCUCAGUGGACCUGAUCGGCACGUGUUGGCCCCGGAGCGCGGUGGGACAGCUGGUUGCUCGACCCUGCCCUGAGUAUUUCUACGGUGUGCGGUACAACACCACGAAUAAUGGCUACAGGGAGUGCCUCGCGAACGGGAGCUGGGCAGCGCGAGUCAACUAUUCCCAGUGCCAGGAGAUCCUCAGCGAAGAGAAGAAGAGCAAGCUGCACUACCACAUCGCCGUCAUCAUCAACUACCUGGGGCACUGCGUCUCCCUGGGGGCCCUCCUCGUGGCCUUCGUCCUCUUCAUGCGCCUGCGGAGCAUCCGGUGCCUGAGGAACAUCAUCCACUGGAACCUGAUCACAGCCUUCAUCCUGCGCAACGCCACCUGGUUCGUGGUGCAGCUCACGAUGAACCCCGAGGUGCACGAGAGCAACGUGGUCUGGUGCCGCUUGGUCACUGCCGCCUACAAUUACUUCCAUGUCACCAACUUCUUCUGGAUGUUCGGCGAGGGCUGCUACCUGCACACGGCCAUCGUGCUCCCCUACCCACGGAAGUGGAUGUUCAUCUGCAUCGGCUGGUGUAUCCCCUUUCCCAUCAUCGUCGCCUGGGCCAUCGGGAAGCUGUACUACGACAACGAGAAGUGCUGGUUUGGGAAGCGAGCAGGAGUUUAUACUGACUACAUUUACCAAGGCCCCAUGAUCCUGGUGCUUCUGAUCAACUUCAUCUUUCUGUUCAACAUUGUCCGAAUCCUCAUGACAAAGCUCCGAGCUUCGACCACAUCGGAGACAAUUCAGUACAGAAAAGCAGUCAAGGCCACGCUGGUGCUGCUGCCCUUGCUGGGAAUCACCUACAUGCUGUUCUUCGUCAACCCGGGGGGCUUUUCUGUCAACCCGGGGGAGGAUGAGAUCUCCAGGAUCGUCUUCAUCUACUUCAACUCCUUUCUGGAGUCCUUCCAGGGCUUCUUCGUCUCUGUCUUCUACUGCUUCUUGAACAGCGAGGUCCGAUCGGCCGUGCGGAAGCGGUGGCACCGAUGGCAGGACAAGCACUCCAUCCGCGCCCGCGUGGCUCGGGCCAUGUCCAUCCCCACCUCCCCGACCCGCGUCAGCUUCCACAGCAUCAAGCAGUCCACGGCCGUCUGA